UCUCUCACUGUGUUUUCUCUCUCUCUCACUGUGUUCUCUCUCUCUAUCUCAGUGUGUUCUCUCUCACUCUGUUUUCUCUCUCUCUCACUGUGUUCUCUCUCACUCUGUUUUCUCUCUCUCUCUGUUUUCUCUCUCUCUCUCAGUGUUCUUUCUUCCUCUCUCUCUCUGUGUUCUCUCUCUCUCUCUCACUGUGUUCUCUCUCUCUAUCUCAGUGUGUUCUCUCUCACUCUGUUUUCUCUCUCUCUCUCUCUGUUUUCUCUCUCUCUCUCAGUGUUCUUUCUUCCUCUCUCUCUCUCUCUGUGUUCUCUCUCACUCUCUCCCUGUCACUCACUGUGUUCUCUCUCCCUGUGUGUGUGUGUGUUGCUGUCCCUCUCGCUGUCCCUCUCGCCUCCCCCUCAUUCCCGGGGAUGGAGUACCCUGUGCGGGUCGAGCGGGGCCGUGGCGGUGGCGGGCGCCGCGGAGGUCGAGGCCGCGGCCGGGGACGGGGGCGAGGAACUCGGGGUCCCGGGGAGCGACAGCCGGAGCGGGGCUGGCGGGGUCCCCGAGGACGGGCCCGGAGCCGGGGCCGAGACGGAGAGCUCCCGGAGCAGCAGGAGGAGCAGGAUGAAGAUGCUGUGGGCGUAAAAGAAGAUUAUGAUCAACCAAAUGAAUUUUCUAGAAGACAAAUAGUUUCAAAUUGGGACAGGUACAAAACUGAAGAAAAGGAACUUGAUGAUAGUAGUGAAUCUUUGCGAGGUACAGAUUUCAAUGUGCUGCUGAGUUCUGCAGGUGAUUCAUUUGCACAGUUUCGCUUUGCUGAGGAAAAAGAGUGGGAAGUAGAGGGGACUUCCAGUAAACAGCUAUCACCUAUGUUUGUGGACUGUCAGUCUCUAGCUCAAUCCCUUCAGGAACUCCCCCUCCACCUUAGACUCAAUGUGGAUGCUGAGUUGGUACAGAUCACUGUUCCUUCUGAGCUACCACAAGUGAGACUGAAGGGUUUGCAAGAUGGCCCAAGUAAAUUUAGAGCACCGGCUGCAACUCCAUUGGGAGCUGUUAAUGCCAUGCCACGAAAUGCAGUGGCUGAAGAUUCAGCCCAAACUACCUUCAAUGUCAUUCUCAACCCUGCAACACAAAUACCUAAGAGUGCUCCUUCUGCAUCUCAGCAAGCACCAGAUAAGCUAGACGAAGAGCUGGAUAUUUUACUUCAGUUAGGAACGCCUGCCAGUAAAAGUAAUGAUGAUUUCCUGAACAAAGCUCAAAAUGCAGAAGUUCUUUGUGAUGCCACAUCAGUUACAACUUCAACCGACUCACCAGGUGCUGAAGUGGUAGACAAUACAAAUUCACAGCUAACAGAAAUGGCUAAGAAACCUGACCCUGAAGAAGAACUGGAAGAUUGGUUAGACAGUAUGAUAUCAUGAUUACGGUUUUGCAAGUAAAUGAAAGAAAACUAAAAAGUACAUUACCUAUAAACAUUAAUUGGCAUAUUUAUUCCAACUGCAUCCCAUUGCUGACAAGUAAAAUGUAUAUUGGUGUUAAUGUUUAUACUGUGAAAUUCCGUUGAAUAGUUUAGAUUUAGUGACAGAGUUAUAACUAACUAAUUGCAUGUAAAAAGAUUGCAGAGUCAAGGUGUAAUGCAAACUUGAAAACCAUGAAUAAAGUGGCCUAUUGAGUUUU